AUCGUCUAGCACAGAAAAACCCAUUAUGGAAUACAAAUUGAUAACUGAGGACCGUUUCGACGAUGUCGUUGCACAUUUAAGUACCAAUUUCUUUGCCGAUGAGCCGUUGAAUAAGGCGGCGGGUCUAUGUCGACGCGGGGAGGGUCAUCGAGAAUUGGAGCAGCUUUGCUAUGAGACACUUAAGGAUAAUUUGAGUUUAAUGGCUGUGAACGAGAAUAACGAUAUCGCUGGUGUGCUGCUCAACGGUGUUGUCUAUCCGCAAGAUAUCCUGCAAGCUCACGAGCGUAUCGAACUCAGUGAUGAUGAACGCUAUAAGAAAAUAUUUCGUUUAUUAAAUGAACAUAAUCUGCGUGCAAAUAUAUUUGGAAAUUUCAAUGUAGCACGUGCCUUUGAGGUGCGUAUGCUUUCGGUGGAUGGACGCUUUCGUGGACAGGGUAUUGCUAAAGAGCUAGUGCGGCGUAGCGAGACAAUCGCAAGGGAUUUUGAGUUUAAGCUCAUGAAAGCCGAUGCAACAGGAAUUUUCUCACAAAAAAUUCUGAAAUCAAACGGUUUCAAGGUACUGAGCGAAUUCUACUAUGAUAAGUAUACAGAUGAAUUUGGUAAACCAAUAUUGUUGGUGGAGGCACCGCACAUUAAAUUGCAGCUGCUAUACAAACUGUUGGAAUAAGGUGCAUAUACAGGUAUGAAAAAACUGAGUUUAAAGUGAAAUAAAAUUAAUAAAAAAAUAUAUAAUACAAAAUGUUUUAAACAGAAUAAUAAUAAU